AUGGAAAUCAAGUUUUUAAAUCUUGCUGGUAAGGAGGUCCUGAUAAAGGCCGUGGCCUUGGCUGUGCCAACGUACCCGAUGUCUUGCUUUAGAUUCCCCAUGACCACUUGCAAACAAUUAAUGGUAUUCUUAGUAACUUCUGGUGGAGUAAUGGUGAUGCCAAAGCUCAUAUUCACUGGAAGAGAUGGGAGGUGUUAUGCCUCCCAAAGGCCGAGGGAGGCUUGGUGUUGGCGUACCUGGCAUAAUCCUGAUGCUUUUUGGGUAUGUGUUCUCAGAGCCAAGUACUUCCCUGAUGGUGAUUUCUUGAAAGCUAGAAGAGGGCCGUGUCCUUCUUGGGCAUGGGCUAGCUUACUUGAAGGUUGUAAGAUUAUGUCUGAUGGUGCCAUAUGGCAAAUUGGCAAUGGUUUGAAAGUGAAGAUCUGGAGCAAUAACUGGCCGCACCACAAAUCCAUCCUGCGUCCAAAGCCAACCAUCACUAUUUCCGGCCCUAUUCCAACUUUCGUAAAUGAUCUCAUUGAUAGGGAUUUGAGAGAAUGGAAUCUGGCGAGCAUCUCAAAUGUUAUUGAGCCCGAUGUGGCAAAUUUAAUCCGUGCUAUUCCUCUCUGUAAUCUCACUCGUGAGGAUACUUUGAUUUGGCCUUGGAAUAAAGAUGGAUUCUUUUCUGUUCGCAGUGGUUACCAUUGGGCUAUGGAAAAUUUGGUGGCUGUGUGUAGUGUGCCGGAGCAUCACUCCCACCAAGUAGAUAAAAAGUUAUGGAAGUCAAUAUGGAGUAUGAAAGUUUUACCAAAGAUCAAACUUUUCUUUUGGAGGGCUUUGACCAAUUCCCUGCCCGCUCUAAAAAACCUGUUUCAACGCAGAGCUAGGACUACUCCAGUCUGUACUUUAUGCCAUUCUUGUGAUGAGUCACCCGAACAUGCUAUUCUCUUGUGCCCUUGGAUUGCUUGUGUUUGGUUUGGUAUCCCCUUAAACUACUGUGUGAAUGUUCAAAGCGUGAUUUCCCUUGACAGAUGGCUAUUGGGAGUUAUUACUUCUUUGGCUCUUUUUGAAGAAAGGAAUAAGGAGAUUCUUGUUUUGGUGGGCACGUGUUGGGAGAUUUGGAAAGAAAGAUGUUCUACGAUUUUUGAUGGUCGUUCCCCCAAGCCCUUACUCUGUUAUUAG